GAUGACGUCACUUACUAUACACACUAUUGUAGUACACACGUUUUACUAUCGCUUAUGAAAAUUAUGUGGAAAGUGAGGGAUGCAAAGGUACCACAGAGGAAGUACAGAUGUUAUUCUCCAACCUCAAUGGUAACCGCCUUGGAGAAGGUCAGGCAGACAGGUGCUCCUGUCAAAACCACAGCAAGGGAGUUUGGCAUACCAGAGGCCUCUCUCAGACAUAAGCUCAGUGGGAGAGUUGACCCUGAAGCAACACAUUCAGGACCACCACCAAUGUUUUCCCAAGAGGAAGAGUGCCAUUUUGUGGACCAUCUAAAAUUUAUGUCAGAGUGUGGAUAUGGCUAUAGCAGAGCAGAAGUUGUGGACAUGGCAAGUGAAUAUGCUAUAUGCCUAGGCAAACGCGACAGUGAGCAUCCGCUUUCAUUGAAGUGGUUCUGUGGAUUUAUGUCACGUUGGCCAGAACUCAAGGUAUUGAAACCACGUGGUCUGGAAAUUCAGAGGGCUAAGGCAACCACUGUAGACUGUGUGACAAAAUAUUAUGUAGAACUUGGAUCCAUCUUGGAAAAGUACAGCUUGAAGAACAGACCUGAACGGAUUUACAAUGUGGAUGAGAAGGGGUUGUCUACUUCCCACACCCCACCAGCAGUGGUUACAGGUCUUAAUUUCAAACCUCAAGCUGUCACCUCUGCUUCCAGGACACUUGUUACUGUGAUAGGCUGCGGUAAUGCCCUGGGCUAUAGUGUGCCACCUUUCUUCAUAUUUCCUGGUGCAAGGAUGAGGCCUGAUCUGUUGGAGGGUGGAAGUGAAGGGACUGUCACAGAAUCUGGCUGGAGUAACAGCACUGUAUUCAGAAGGUACAUUGAACAUCAUCUGAUUAAAUACUUACCUGAACGUUCUGUUGAAGACCCUGUUCUUGUACUUUAUGAUGGACACAAGUCUCACAUUAAUUUGAACCUGAUUGACUGGGCCAAGACACAAAAUUUGAUACUGUUCAUCCUUCCUGCACAUACCAGUCAUGUUUUGCAGCCACUUGAUGUGGGUUGUUUUGGACCAUUUGAAAGAGUGUACAGUGCUGUGUGUCACAAGUUCAUGCGCGAGCACUGUGGGCAGAGCAUUACACGUUACAAUGUCUGCUCACUUGGAUGCUCAGCUUAUUCAAAGGCUCUGUCAGCUGGUAACUUACAGGCUUCAUUUCGGAAGACAGGCAUCUACCCUUACAACCCCAAUGCUGUUGAUCCAUCCAACUUCAAGCCGUCUGAGGCCUUACAGCAGGAAACAACUCCAAAGAGCUCAGACAGCCAGCAUGCUACCUCAAAAGAUCCUUCACAGUUUUUUGGUUCUAAGGCUGCUGGGAUCACUUCAAAGAAACCUCCCACUAAGAAACGGCGGUAUCUUAGUUAUGUUGUCAGUGGUAAGGCCAUCACAGAAGAACCGGUGAUAGAGCAGAUUAAGGAGCAUGAGAAUGCCAAAGCCAAGAAGUCCACGUCUCCGAGUCGGAAAAGUAAAUCUGAACCUCAACCUGGACCAUCUGGGACUGCAAGGCCAGUAACAACUUCUGCUGACAGUGACGUCUCACUUGAUGAGGACACUGACACUGAUCUGUGCUGUGUAUGUAAUUUGUUUACCCCACAGGAUGUCCGCCAGAGUACUUCACUCAUAUUUGUCAAGUGGGUACAGUGCACAAAAUGUGGACAUUUGGUUCAUUUAAGGUUUUGUACCCCAGUGAGAGUUGUUAGAAGGGGGGAUGAUUUUCUAUGUAAGCACUGUACUACAGAAGAAGGCAGGUUGCAGAUACUGGUGGAUAACCUUCCAAAUGGUGAAACUGUGUUGAGCUGUUUUCUUUCUGCAGAUAUCGAAGUUGUUACAACAGACCCUGUUGGAAGUUCUUUCAUUGAUUCAGAUAUGCUUGAGUCUGUGGAUUGGGGUCUCCAGACUGGAGCCUUCAGACUUGGGUCUUCUGACAGGUGCCUUCAGACUGGGGUCUCAAAUGGGAGUCUGAUAACCGGACCUCUAGACCUGGAGUCCAGAGAUGCAUUUACCGGACUUCUAGACAACCCGUAUAGGGCAUCAAUAAGAAUAGUAAUCUUGAACAGUAGAGAAUUUACAAAGAGCCAGUAG